AUGCGACUGCCAGAACUUAAGUUUUAUAAACCUCGUCAAGAGGAACCAGAUGACGAUGAAGAGGAGGAUGAUCUUGAGGAUGAUCUUGAUGAUGAGGGCGAAGAAUUGGAUGACGACGAUGAUGACGGUGAGGACGAAGGCAGCAAUGGGAACGGAAAUGCCCCAGGACCUGGAGGUAAUAGAAAUGGGCCACCGGGACCCGAAGGAAACCCAAGACGUCCUUCCAGGCGUCCCGGCCCUCCCAACACGGUGACCAGUACAGAAUUGUCACCAUCUCCAAGCACUUCGGCCCUGCCACUCGAGACGGCACCGAGCGACAUUCCUCCACCGAAUACCAGCACCACUUCGUCCUCCAGCACAGCCAUACCGAGUUCCACUUCACCGGCAUCUACGUUUUCAACAUCGAUUGCUCUUCCUCCCUCAGAGACAACCUCAUCGCCGGUUGUCUCGCAAUCAGAGGAUGCAUCCUCGGCAAGUCCAUCUACUUCUCCUCCCCCAGAGACAACCCCAUCGCUUGUUGUCUCGCAAUCAGAGGGCGCAUCCUCGGCAAGUCCUUCUACUUCUACUUCCCCGGAGACAACCUCAUCGCCUAUCGUCUCGCAACCAGAGGACGCAUCCUCCACAAGCCCUACUGCUUCGUCUCCUCCGACAUCGUCAGGAACGACUGAGGCGUCACUUGGAGAUACAACUAUACCUGCAAUUCGUACUGCUACCGGUUCUACUCCUUUCAGCAGCACCACUUUGCCACUGGCUAUUGGCUUUGCCACACCGAAUAAUACCGCGAUGGCGGAGAAUGUCGGACCGAGACCCAGGACGCCAAGCCAUAUCGCAGGAAUUGCGGUAGGGUCAAUUGCCGGAUUUGCUUUCCUUUUGACAUUUGUGGUAUUAUUCUACAAGUGGCACAAACGAAACUUGUUAAAAGCACCCUCGAGCUCUACCCGGCGUCUGACAGACAAAUGGCGAGUCUCUACAUGGACUCCUCGCCCCCGAAGCACCGACGCUAUGGAGAAUUCGCUCUUGGUAUCGGAAGAGCGCUCAGGUGAGGGUAUAGUCUCGAACUCUCAGCCAAUAUUCGAAAAACCUCCAGUCCCUCAGACACUGAGGCAAUCCUUCCACAACUCUAUCACACGACUUGUCCGUAUGAACCCACUGGCUCUACACCCAGCAAUGGCAGGCGCCCCAGGUUCGGCGUCACCGAGGCCAAGAUCUUUCGUCUCCUCAAUUUUCCGUCGGCAUUCGGCUGCUUCAAGUUAUACUGCCAGAUCUCAGCAUUCAAUAUUGCCAGACCAGCCGCAAGCAGAUCCUUUACCCCCAAUCCCAUCCGCAUAUCUGAAACAAGGCCAGCAUGAAGGAUAUACUUCUGUGCAGCAUUAAUUCCGC